AUGGUCUCAUACUUCCUGUUGCUUGAAAAGGAGAGCCUUUGUCCCAGCUGCCAGCAUUUCGACACAAUCAACUCAUCGAAGACACUUCCAACAUCCAUAAGCGUUGCGCCCCAAGAGCUAUUGGAGCCUGAAAGCCCUGAAAGCCCUGAAAGCCCUGACGGUCGAAAGGCGAACGGCCGAUGGUUUCGGAGCGCGAAACUGUUGGUCCACAGUUUGUCCAAUUGCAGCAGUGUCAAGACGUGCAGCAGAGCAUGGUCUUUCCUGGCCAUUCUUUUUAGGCCUCACCCGAGAUUCAGGAAGAGCAGAGCAUGGUCGUCAAAAACUCCACAAGAAACGCAAUGGAAAGCACUUGCUGAUUCCGUGGAGCUGGUGGAACUCCAUCAACUCCGUGCGUUGAGUAUGUUGAGCAUGUUGAGCAGCCGAGGAUCGGAAACGGAAACGCCGUCGGAGACCUCUUCGGUGCUGCUGCUCUCCGCAGACAGCGAGUCCUAUUUCCAUCGCCCGUCUGUCGCGCCCUUCAUCCGCCAACUGCGGUGCUAUGCGCAACGCCGCAAGAUGCGCCUGGUGUUGGACGGCGGACCUUGGCCUUUGAACUAUUUCAACGUGGGUCUUCAAGCAGCGUACACUUGGACAGUCCAUUGGACUGCCGGAGAAGCUCGUGAAUCCCAUCAUGCAUUGGAGGACAUGCGAAAUUUGAUGGUCGAUCUGGUGUCAAAGCGACAGUUGCAACGGGCAUCCGAGCUCCUCGGUUGGAAGCGUCUCAAUGUUUACUCUGAGGAUCCCGCCAAGAUGACGAAGAUUUGGUCCAUCCAGAGACAGUUGGAAGGGAACGCCAGCAUGGUGGUUUACUUGGAUACUGAUGUCAUUAUUCGCCCAGACAGUUUACACUCAGGUUUGGUCCCACUUUUGUUGCUACACGACUCCACUUCGAAAGCUUGGAAUCGUUCAAGCCGACCGGGUCGACGAAGUCGCCCCAGUCGCCCCAGUCGCCCCGGUGAUAUUUUUGUGCGAGAUUCCCAUCCAGGCACGGAGUGUGUCAACAUUGGUUUCCUGGCGGUGCGGAAUACCCGUGCCACACAACUGCUGCUGGAACUUUGGCGACAAAAGACUCAUUGGAGUGCUUUUUGGGAUCAAAGUGCCCUGGCCGAGUCUUUGUUGGAAUUGGUGGGAAUGGAGAUGCAAAAUCGGGGUCAAGUUGGCUACAGAUCGCAGUGCUUGCAUUUCUUGUUUCCAGGAGAAUUUGGAGAAGUGCCGUACAAUGCGUAUUGUGAUUGCUGGCAAGACGCUCUGCGAGACAUGAUUGGCCCCUAUCGUCAGCGCCGGAGCCGAGUGGUGAGUUUUGUGGAUCCUGAAGAACUUGACGUAAACUUCGUCCCCAACGACGUCUUUUGGGACCAUGGUUUCUCAUUGGAAGGAAUGAGAUUGGUCAGGAGCGACAUUAGUGAAAUCAUGCAACCUUUGAUCAUUCAUUGGGCUGGUGUGAGCAAUCAAGACAUGCGGCUACACUUUGUCAACGAAUAUUUGAAGCGACGGUUCAACACCACUUUCUCGAAAGGAACUUGUUCCAGGCUGACGCCACAGCUCACGCCGCUCACACCACAGACGCCGCCACGGUUUUUCUCCCAUGGAAGGCUGGUGAGGUGCUGUAGAAAUCUGCAGAAAGAGCAGCAGCGCCUUGCGUUGGUCGACUUUCGCCAGAUGUGUUACUGGGGCUGCUGUGAAUGGAGACCCAUCAAGGCAGCGGAUUGCCACAGGUUGAUGGCACCGAGUCGAAAAAGAUGCCCAGCUGCCGAUGAGACUGUGCACGCAAUGCUGUGCACAGGCAUGGCAGCACAGUGCAACAGACAGUUGAUCUUGAAAGAGUCUUUCACAGAUCAAUCAGCAUACAGACUUGAGGCUGAGACUCGAGAUGAAACAGACAAGGCGAACAAAGAGUUUGAUCGAUGGAGUGAUGACGACACUCCACAGGCCACCAAGUGCAAAGUCGACCUUAGCAGUCCAUCGUUGGCGCAAGCAAAGAUAAAUUUUGCGGCGCUGAUGUGUGACAACCAGAAAUUGCUGCACUUGAGCUGGAUGGUGAAAGCAACAAAAGAGCGUGAGUUCGACGCUUGGAGCGAAGUGCCUUGGCAAAUCACGACCAUUCCACACUGCGCAGACACUGCACAGACCAUGUCGCACGAGAUGUCACGAUGCCACGUCAUCUUGGGCACAUUGGGCACCGAGGAAAGUGUGGCAAGUGCCUUAGACGAGGUGGAGCAGGAACAAAAGGAAGACCAGGAGCUUUUCUUCACCGAUGCAGCGCCGGACCACUCCUUGGGUGUUUCGAGUAAGCACCGCGCACCACAUCCCAGCCAUCCCAGCCACUCGGCAGCCGAAAGCUUCGACGGAUCGAUGGUUGAGGUGCGUUUGUCGCCCAGACCUCCCAAGGCUCCACCGCCAGCACAUUUGCUUCAAGCAGAAAGAGAAGCAGUGGAGUGGCUUCGAAAAAAAGCGGAGGUCCCAGUCCAGCCUCAGCCUCCAGCGCCAGCCAUGCCGGCCACAGUGCCACGGGGGCGACCUGUGCCACCACCGCCGCGACUGAUGCGACCGAUGCGACCAGGGCCAAUGCAAUCGGCGCCGCGCCCCGUGGUGCAACCAGUGCAACACGUGCCACAGAUGCCACAGAUGCGACAGAUGGCAGGACCGGCAGGACAGGUGCCUCAAACAAUGCAGGUGCCCCGGGUGCGACAAGUGGCAGUGACACCUGUGGUGCUUGUCCCCGUGUCACCCUGUGCCACCUGGACCUGUUUCUUUUCGCUGCAGCAUGGACUGGAACGGAUGAAGCUUCUGGGAACCCUGCUGUUGGGUGAUGCGGCAACGGCUCAGGCUUUGGUACAAGAUGCCAACGCCAACUUGAAGCUGAGCCAUCGUACUUCAUUUGAAGAUGUCAAGAAAGCGGCCUUGAAAGCUGUGCUGCAGCUGGUGCCCAUGACUGAUGCCAAGGAUCAACAGGCUCGGGACUCUCUGGAAAAGUACCUCCUCUCCAAGGACCGUGCAGGUGUGGUACGAGUUGGCAUGCGAGAUUUGUAUCUCAUUCCACCAUCCAAGGCAGAGGAUUGCGGCCUCAAAGUGGUGCCCCAAGCAAAGUGUAUUGUUGCAGCUGUUGCAGAGAAAAGUCGCUCGAAAAAGUCCAAGAGCACCGCAGAGGUUCGGCAUGGAGAAACGGAGAGCAACGGGCGCUGCCUUGUGAGCUCCCUCCAAGGGCAGUUUGCAGACUUCGUCCCACGCGCGAUGUUCACUUUCGACCACCAUCCGCAUUGGUUUGUAGGUCAUAUGUCCAAAGGAAAGGUGAAAAUCGAGCAAAAAAUGAAGGAUGUCGACGUCAUUCUGGAAGUCAGAGAUGCUCGAGCCCCCUUCACCUCAGCGCAGUUCGAGUUGACAGGCAAUCUGUCAGACAAUGUUCAGCGAUUGGUCGUCCUCAACAAGGCUGAUUUGGUGACGCCAACCGUUGGGCUGGCCAUGAGGAAUGUAAUCGAGGAAGCUGGGCAACCAUGCUUGCUGACAAUAGCGUCAGAAAACAGGAACUUGGUGAAGAUCAGGGACUUCGCAUUGGAACAUGUGCGGGCAAAGUAUCCGCGGACUCUGGGCGUGAUGUUGAUGGUGGUUGGUCUGCCCAAUGUUGGCAAGUCGACGAUCAUCAACGGCCUGAAACAGAUCGGUUUUGGCACGGCCAGACAUACUGGGAAACGUAAGCUCAUGCAGGGAGUCAAAUGGACUGUGCCGAAGUUCAACUGUGUACCUGGACUGACACGCGACGUGUCCUUUUUUCAGCUGUCAAGUCAUCCGAGGCUGUACUGCUAUGACACACCUGGAGUUUCGCUUCUGAAGAGGCGGAACGACCCAGAGCGCAAUGCAAAGUUGGGGGUGUUGAAAUGCAUGCCGGAUCACAUUGCUGGGGAGAUCUACCUCGCAGAUUAUCUUCUGUAUCGUUUGAACAGGGAUCGUGUCUUCGAUUAUGUCUCAGAGUUAGAGCUGCCAGCUCCCACGGAUGACAUCCGCUAUUUGUGUGCCCACAUCGCUGACAUUUUGGUACGGAAGGACAUGCAGGUCAACCCAAGAGACCAAAGACACGUUGGAAGUGGUGCAGUGUUCUUCCUCGAUCUCUGGCGGAAGGGGAAGCUCGGAAAGGUCUGUUUGGAUUACAUCCCAAAUCCAGAAGAGGUGCAGCGCUUACGACAGAUGCGAGCUGAAACGGAACCACCGGGACCUUGGGGUCCACCAGCCUAUCCGGAGGUGCCUGAAGGUCUGGAGCUUUCACGAAGAGGUCCGUACCUACCUCCAGGCUUUCAGCCUCGCAGCCGGACACCUUCGGAUGCAAAUGUGGCCAGUGCAACCAUCGCCUUGAAAAGAGUUGUGGUGGCCGAUGAUACAGAGGAUUCUGAGGAACCGAAGAACGACAAGAAGGUUGACAACAACCGGGACAAAGAAGAUGACCAGAAAAACGAAAACAAGGACGGCGAAGCAGCUGUCGCAGAAGAAAAGAACGAGGAGACGAAGAAGGAAGAAACCACUGAGGACUUGAAAGCAGCCGCCCCAGAUGAAAAGAAGGAGGCGAAGCCGGAAGCAAAGCAGGAUAAGCAGGACAAUGACAGCCAGGCUUCCAAGGUGCCACAUUCGCCCUUUGAAAGUCUCAAAGCCCAAGCAAAGCCGCAGGCUAAGCCGCGCUUCUCUCGUCUCGAUGUGGAGAAUGCUGCGUGCACCUGCUCCUAUGUGGGUUCUGCAUGGGUAGAUUCGGGUAGAUUGGAAUCUAUGGAAUCUAUGGAAUCGGACCCAACACGCCCAACAGUCCAAGAAUUUGGAGCACCAACUGGAAGUGCCUUCGUCAACAAACCUGGCGAGCAGUUGCACUAA